GCCGCGGUAACGGCGGCCAUGGAGGGCGGCGGGCGGCCCUCGGUGGCCCAGGCCGCGCUGCUGGCGGCCAGCACGGCCCUCACCGCCCUGCUCUACUCCUUCUACCGCCAGAAUGCCCGAGUCGCCCGCGGGCUGGCGGGCGCCAGGAGGAUCCAGCUGGAUGAGGAUCUGCGGGCGGUGCUGCUGGAGGCGCCGGGGAGAUGCGUUCCCUACGCCGUGAUCGAAGGUGUGGUGAGGUCUGUGAAGGAGACCCUGAGCAGCCAGUUUGUGGAGAACUGCAAGGGAGUCGUUCAGAGGUUGACUCUGCAGGAGCACAAGAUGGUGUGGAACAGAACCACCCACCUCUGGAAUGACUAUGAGAAGAUCAUCCACCAGAGAACCAACACCACCCCCUUCGAGCUGGGGCCCCCCGAGGACGGCGCCGGCGUCGCCGUCAGGGUGAUGAAACCUCUGGAGGCCUCUGAGCUCAGCCUGGAGACUGUCCACGAGAAAUUCCACCCUUCUGUCCAAUCCUUCACCGACGUCCUGGGCCACUACAUCAGUGGGGAGAGACCCAAGGGCAUCCAGGAGACCGAGCAGAUGCUGAAGGUGGGCACAGCCCUGACGGGGGUUGGAGAGCUGGUCCUGGACAACACCACCAUCAAGCUGCAGCCCCCCAAGCAGGGCAUGCCCUACUACCUGAGUGGGGCUGAUUUCUCUUCCCUGCUGGAAAAACAAGAAGCCAAUGCCCGUUUCUGGAAAAUCCUCACUGUCCUGUUUGGUUGUGCCACCUGUGCCAUCCUCCUCUUCCUCCUCCGGAAGCAGUACCGACACCGCCGGGCAAAGAAGCACCUCAGGCAGAUGCAGGAGGAAUUCCGACAGGCCCAGGAACGUCUGAUGAGGGAAAUGAACCCCCAGGGUGGAGAGAGCCUCAAAAAUUCCUGUGUCAUCUGCUUGAGCAGCACCAAAUCCUGUGUUUUCCUGGAAUGUGGCCACGUCUGCUCCUGCCACCCGUGUUACCACAGCCUUCCCGAACCCAAGAGGUGCCCGAUCUGUCGCCAGGUCAUCUCCAGGGUGGUCCCCUUGUACAACAGUUGAACGUUGGUGGUCACCUUGGGGAUGGGGGGUUGAGGGGGAAGGGGCAGGGAGAAGCUUUUUGGCAUUAAAGCUGCAAAGGUGUUGUUGUUUUUUUUUCUGGCCUGGCUGCUUGGGUGGUUGGUUUUGGGGCAGGGGAGGGAGCAGGGGGGGCUUGAGAUGGGGUGCAGAGCUGGUUCUUCAAAGGUUGAUCCAGGCUUUUCAAAGGCUGAUCCAGCUGAUCCAGGCUCUUCAAAGGCUGAUCCAACUGAUCCAGGCUCUUCAAAGGCUGAUCAGGCUCUUCAAAGGCUGAUCCAGCUGAUCCAGGCUCCUCAAAGGCUGAUCCAACUGAUCCAGGCUCCUCAAAGGCUGAUCCAGCUGAUCCAGGCUCCUCAAAGGCUGAUCCAACUGAUCCAGGCUCCUCAAAGGCUGAUCCAGCUGAUCCAGGCUCCUCAAAGGCUGAUCCAGCUGAUCCAGGCUCCUCAAAGGCUGAUCCAGGGUCUUCAAAGGCUGAUCCAGCUGAUCCAGGCUCCUCAAAGGCUGAUCCAGGCUCUUCAAAGGCUGAUCCAGCUGAUCCAGGCUCUUCAAAGGCUGAUCCAGCUGAUCCAGGCUCAUAUCCCACCCUGGAAGUUUUUUUGGGGAGAGAUGAGGAGUUUCUCUCAGAGCUGCAGUUUCAAGCUCUUUGUGGUAGAGUUGGACUCUCAAGGUUUGUGUUGGGGGUUAUUGACAUUCCCAGCUUAUAAAUACAUUGUGGGGAAGAAAAAAAUCCAUGGAUUGUGGCUUCUGUGGAGUUCUGGUGAUGCUACCACCUGGCUCAGAGACUCACAGAGCAGGGGGGUGGGAUUUGAGGGAGCUCAUGUUGCCAACAGGGGUCAUUUUGUGACCAUCCAGGACAUCAGGUUGUUGUGACCAGAUCACAACAGGGAGGGGAAAACACAGGGGCUGAUUCCUGCCCUUGGCUGGAGCUGGGAUAGAAAAAUGGGAUGUGAAGGAAUAAAAUGGGAUGGAAAGUG